AGAGAGCUUUAUCAUACAAGUAAGGAGUGAAGAAGAAGCUGCCUCUCCCAAGUUGAAUUUGUCUGCAAUGAAAAUCUUCAAUCGUUUCCGAAAAAUUAUAAUGAAACUUCUGUUUUCCAUCCCCUCACCAUCAGCAACUACACAGCAUGGAAUGAGUAGCAGUACUCCCAGGAAAAGAAACAGCACUAGCUGUGACAGAUUUGAGCCCCCAAAGACUUCAUGCAGUUCGUAUUACUCUUCUCAUUCGCAUUACAACGAGGCCAUCUCUGACUGCAUCGAGUUCUUUAACAAGUCUAGCCAAGAGGAUCAUGAAGCCGGAGGGAUGAUUUCGGAUGAUCCAGAUCAGUCCGGCUGCCAUAUGGUUUGA